AUGACCAGGAACCUACUUCCGCUACGGCUCCAGGAAGGGGCCAGUCCUGGCCGUUCUCGCGUCUGUCCCGGCCCGCCGCGGCCGCUUCGCCGCUCCUCUUCCCGGGCGCCUCGGUGCGCUCGGCCAACGGCCUCUGCGAGCGCUCGCCCGAGCGCCCCGGAGCCGGCGGGCGGCGGCCCUCUCCAGGGACCCUCCAGCGGGCCCAGGGCACAAAAGUGGCUCUCACUCUAGCACAUGCGCAUUGGAGCAAUUUGAGGAUUAACUAUGAAGCAUAGAAGCGGAUAGUGCCAAAUAGCAAGCCCGCUGUUCUGCAUUUCUGGAAAAGCAGUGUCCGUGUUGUUAUGUACACCUCCAAAAACAGUUCAGAUCUGUAGGGGAGUUGUUGUGUAAAGUAAACAACUACAGGGUAGCAGUAUUAAUAGCUAUUGUAGACUCUAUUAAAAUGAGUAAGAAAACGGGCAGUGACACAUCACUAGGAAGCAUUUUUUAUUUGGGGGCAACAUUCUUUCGACUACACCUCCCUGGAAUCAUGGAUCCUUCUCCAAUUUAGAAGGGUGAGUGGGGCAGCAUUUCCUUCUCCCACUGCUGCUGAGAUGGCAGAAAUUAGUCGAAUUCAGUAUGAAAUGGAAUACACCGAAGGUAUUAGUCAGCGAAUGAGGGUCCCCGAAAAAUUAAAAGUAGCGCCUCCAAAUGCUGACCUGGAACAAGGGUUCCAAGAAGGAGUUCCAAAUGCCAGUGUAAUAAUGCAAGUCCCAGAGAGGAUCGUUGUUACAGGAAAUAAUGAAGACAUUUCCUUUUCAAGACCAGCAGAUCUUGACCUUAUCCAGUCCACUCCCUUUAAACCUCUGGCACUGAAAACACCACCACGGGUGCUCACACUAAGUGAGAGACCACUAGAUUUUCUGGAUUUAGAAAGACCACCUCCAACUCCUCAAAAUGAAGAAAUCCGAGCAGUUGGCAGGCUAAAAAGAGAGCGUUCUAUGAGUGAAAAUGCUGUUCGCCAGAACGGACAGUUGGUCAGAAACGAUUCCAUGUGGCACAGAUCAGAUUCUGCCCCAAGAAAUAAAAUUUCAAGGUUCCAGGCAUCGAUUUCUGCACCGGAGUACACUGUGACACCAUCGCCACCACAGGCUCGGGUCUGUCCUCCCCAUAUGCUACCUGAAGAUGGAGCUAAUCUUUCCUCUGCCCGUGGCAUUUUGUCGCUUAUCCAGUCUUCUACUCGUAGGGCUUACCAGCAGAUCUUGGAUGUGCUGGAUGAAAAUCGCAGUGUGAGAAGACAAAAUGAGAUACGUUGUGAAAGACCUGUGUUGCGUGGUGGGUCAGCUGCCGCCACUUCUAAUCCUCAUCAUGACAACGUCAGGUUGUAUUAUUGUGAUUCUGAGGACAAACUCAGGGACUUGCACAGGUAUGGCAUUUCAAACAUAGAUGCAGCCAUUGAAGGAGCAUCAGAUGACAUGACUGUGGUAGAUGCAGCUUCAUUAAGACGUCAGAUAAUCAAAUUAAAUAGACGUCUGCAACUUCUAGAAGAGGAAAAUAAAGAACGUGCUAAAAGAGAAAUGGUCAUGUAUUCAAUUACUGUAGCAUUCUGGCUGCUUAAUAGUUGGCUCUGGUUCCGACGCUAGAGGUAACUUCAGCAUUCACAUAUAUUGAUUGUCUCAACAUCUGGAAAUAUAAAGGAUUUGCAAACUUCGUUGUUUCUGUCUUUGCAUUGUAUGCCGUUUUAUAAUCCCAGCCCUGGAAAUGUAUUUCUUCCAGAAAGUAGGGUUCUGUUACUGAUCUGCAUUCAGCCAGUUCCACAGUGGCUCCUACACACUCUGUUUUUGCAUGUUUUGUAAAUAGGCUUAGGUUUGUUUGUUUGUUUGGGGGGGGGGGGCGCUCAUCAGUCUGUGCAGCUAAUUCUCUGAAAAGAAAUGACAGUCAUAAAGAGUGAGUUUAGAAAACUAUCUGUAAAAGAAAACAGUGUUUCUCAGAUAAUUAACCAAUUUCUUUGAUAGAUGCUUUUUGUAUCUGCAUCACAGAAUUAAUGCUUUUGAAGUCAUAGUCUGGUGCAGCACUUAAGAAAAGUCAAACCACCUAACUCUUCUUGAUCACCUGUACAGUGGGAGUGUAAAAACUCCUAACAAUUCAGCAGUUUAUCUGUGUGCAAUAUGUUAUUCUGAUUUUCAUCUUAGUUUUCUAUAAAAUAUGUUUUUACCAAGUCCAUGUGUGAAUGAUUUAAAAAACUAAAAAUGAGGUAUAAAUGUAGUGUACUUAAUAAACUGUCAACCAAA